UAGGUGGGGUCUGCGGUUACCUCUUGCGGGGCUUGGUGCCCAGCUGUAGCACUUCCUGUUUCUGUGUGCAGUAUAGCAGGGAUCUCUGCUGCGUUGAUACCAGCAGCACCUGGUGACUAUACUCCAUCUGAACCACACCUGAGGACUCCUCCAGCAGCAACACAGGCUUACACACCCCCUGCACGGACGCACACACACAGUGUAAGGGCGGGUGUGUUACAAUGGACAGGACGGAGGCAGUGUUGGUAUUUACCUGGUCCAGGUCCAGAGAGGUGAACACAACUCGUCCUUUAUCGUCACCGGAGAAAAGCUUCAUCCCGUUUGUGCUCCACGCCAACGCUGUGACAGAGCCUUUAUGGAGGCCGACAACGUCGAAACGCCGCAGCUGCACAGAGACAGACAGCUGUGUGUGUGUGUGUGUGUGACACGGGUGCACAGAGGCAGAGGGGGUAACAACAGCGUUCAUUGUCAAUCAAUCUUCUUACCUGUUUGUUGCGACCAGGAAGCGGAGAUACCAGCUGAAAGACUGCAACCCGUCCUGAAGAGGUUCCUACAGCAACCAGGUCAUCAAAGCAGCUGAGCAGCUUCACAGCUGUGAUUGCAUCAUACUUCCCCUGUUACACACACACACACACACACACACACACAGGUCAAAAGCAGUCUCCUGUCUCUCGGUCUUCCAGCUCUCACAGGUGGCUCCAGGAGAGUUUGAGGUUGAACCAAAUGUAACCUGUAACACCUGAACCUGAAUGCAUCACUGGUCACAUGACUGCAGGAGAUGAUUGUCACCUGUCUGAGCACACCUGCAUCAGUGUAAACAUGAGUUAAUGAAAGUCUGAGCGCAUCAUGCAGAUGCAAAGGUACCCGUUUAAAGAAUCCAAAUAUAAUUUCUGUCUUUAUUUAACCUGCCAGCUAUCUGACAUCACCUGUGUGCCAUUGCCUGUCUGACACAAGUCCACAUAAACCUCCCCAACACUUAGUACCUAAGUAUUGUAGGAAAAGACCUCUCACCUCUAAGCUGUAUUUGUUCAGGUGUGCGAGCCGGCGGCAGUACAGGUAGAGCAUACCAAUGCUGCUGCCCACAGCCAGGAAGUCACUGCUACUGUCCAAAGCUGUCAGGUAAACCAGGACUGACCUGAAGCCCCGCUGCACCUGCAGGGAAACAGGGGACCCCUCAGCUUCAUCUCUGACACCAUCAUCAUCAUCCACACCUCGACAGGUACAUACCUUGGCUGGGAUGGCAUUCAGCAGGUAGUAGAGUGGGCAGAACUCCCUCAGGACAGACUGCGGGGCCAGCUGAGCAGCCAUGUUACUGCCGAGGUGAACUCAGCUGAUCCUAGCAAAAAACAACAACACAGAAAUACACCUGAGGACAGGUGAAAAACCUGCUCAUCACCUGCAGGAGCCUGAACCAAAGAGUUCAGUGAAUAUCUGUUUAGAACCUUCUGGCUGUUCUGGGAACGCCAGGAAGUCUCUCACUACCGUCAGGAUUUUAAUCUUUAACCCUUCACCAGUCUGCGAGGGCGGCGCCCUGAAGCACGUGAACGCCUGAGAUUUACCGAUAGUACGGCAGCUCAGUGGAUCAAACAGACACCGAAUUAAAAAAAAAAACGCUAGCCAAGCUCAAACGGUGCUGCUGAACACUGAUCUAAUUUUCGCUGAGGCGGAUUCACAGUAAAAUCUCCGUUUGUUAAGUGGAGUUCGGCGUGGACGCCAUGAAGGUCCCUAUUCCUGAUCAAUUAUCAAUGAGCCUUUACGCCAAAAACAUGUUUGCGGUUCGACAUCUGGCAGCUACACGCCGCGCAGACGCAAUAUAAGGGAGCCAGCGACGUCAUUCUACUUUUCAUUAAAAUAACAAUAAAGGUGAAUCUGCAGUUUGAAAGCGACCAGCCUGAACAAACGUUGAAAUUUAACCGGAUUUAAAGCCUGUUCGGUGGAGCAGACUUGUGCCAAAUAAAGCAGAACCGUUUGCUGGAUGUUAUGGAAAGUCUUGGUUUCCCUUAAGCUUCUGUUCUUGUGUUCCAAACUCAGCGGAUCUUAAAAAUGGCCGUUUACUGAACGGAGUUUGGUUUGACGUUGCAAAAGGCUGAUGUUAGCUCGGUAAGGUUCUGUGGAAGGUGACAACUGAGAAUAAAUAUCCCCAAAACGAAGUGAACAAACAAAGAAAUAAUUAAAUAAACAAAAACAAACAAACAGUCACCGCUUUGUUUACACAUAAGUGUCCGGGCUAGCAUCAGUGUCGAACGCUGUUAGCACGCUGGCUAACACCGGCGCGUGAAGGAGAUCGUGACAUCUCACCGAAAGCUGCCCGCGAACGAGGCCGCGCAGAUGUUGAUCCAGGUGUUUUUGGUGCAGCUGGGUGUUGGGGAUCGGACAGGUGACAUCGCCCUGCGUGACUGCUUCCACCGAGGCCGUCCGCAAACUGCGCCACCUGUUGGUCACAAGCAUCAAGACGCCGCGGCUCCCCUCAGCUUCCGGUUUUUAUAUUUAUUUUAGGUGUUUGUUUGUUUAUUCUGGAUAAAACUAAAACUCCACCGAUAAAACUCCAUCUCCUGCCUUAUAAUUAAUAAAUAAACAUAAACAUUCAGAAUUUAAUGACCGGAAACGGAAACUCGACAACAGCUGACUGGAAAACAAGGAAACUGGAUCAGAUUAACAAAUAUUUUUAACUGGAACAGACGAGUAAAACUGGUGAAAAAUGAAUGACUGGAUUAAUUUAACUUGAUUUUGUGUGUGUGUUUUCUGGAGAUACAUUUAUAAAAGUAAAUCAAUAUAAAGAUGAAAUUAGAGAAAUAUCCGGUAUACAAAACUCUCUAAUCAAUCAUAAUGUGCUGUUUGCUCACAAACAGCUUUUCGUCAAAAUGUCUUUAUUUUAAAACGCUUAGGGUAUCUUUAAUGUAAAUGCGAUUUUAUUUUCUAUUAAUCUUCAGUGAACUAAACUCGGCUGUGAUUUUACACACUUUUAAAGUGAUUUUAAACUUUUUUAAAGAUGACCCACGCCGGAUCUUUUCACGGUGAAACACUGGAUCCGCUCCGGGAAAUGCGCGCUCCCGCUCCUGCUCGGGCUAAGCUAGGCUAGUUCAAAUCUCCCCCCGCUAACCGUCAGCGCUCCCGGUAUCACUGCUCCCGUUAAUGUCGUCCUUCAUCCCCGCGGAGCGUUUCUGCUUCGUACACACACAGCGUCCAUAAAUCAGUAUUUAUUCGGUGUAAUCGAUCGAUCGAUCCGGCUGGUUUGAUCCCCCGAGUGUCUGCACUGACUCCAACCUCACAGCCAAAAUGGCGGACAGCGAGGGUGACAGAACAAUAACAGCCCCGGAGUCGUCGGGGGCCGCGGAUCAGCCCCCCACCGCCCUGAGCGCCCAGCUCGGGGACGGCUCACCACCAACCCCCGCUGCUCACAGCAGCAAGCCCGGGGAGAACGUAGCGGCGGCCGGCAACCAGAGCGGCAAUCUGAAGCCCGUGUCCGGCACGGAGGGCGACCAGCCGGGCCACAGUGUACCCGUGGCGUCCGGGGCUCAGCUGGCGGAGCUACUGCCGAGCCAGCCGGAGGAGCAGAGCAUUCUGGUGGCCACGGAGUUCACCGACCUGGCUAACACCACCAUCCUGUACGUGCAGCCAGACGGCAGCCUGGUGGAGAGCUCCGGGCUGACGGCAGAGGAGCAGCAGGCGCUGCUGGAGCAGCUCACCAAGCAGCAGGUGGUCCAGGUUUCCGACACCGAGGCGGCCCAGCUGCUCCAGCAGGGCCAGCUGAUCAAACCGGCUCACAGCGCAGCUCUGGAUCCGAGUCAGCUGCAGCAGGUCAUCAACCAGGUCACCAAGUCCCAGCAGCAGCAGGUCCAGGUGUCACAGCAGCAGGUCCCAAAGCAGCAGAUCCAGGUCUCCCAGCAGAACCUGAAAGGCCCGAACAACGCCUCCCAGCAGCUGAAGAGCGUGGCCCAGCAGGUGGCCAUGCAGACGGGAAGCUCGAUCCCCUUGAUCCAGAAAAAGUCAGAGCCCGUUAGGAUCCAGAUCCAGGUGCCUCCCAAACAGGAAGUGAAGCCUGGCUCCGCCACCCAGCAGAAGGCGGUCACUCAGCCGCAAGUGAAGCUGUCAGCCAAUGGCAGCGUGAGCAGCACUCAGAUUAUCCACAUCCAGCCCGUGGUUGGUCAGGAGGGUCAGCAGUUCUUCCUGCAGCAGAAUCCUGGAGACCCGCCCAUCCAGCUGCUGCUACAGAGCCCCGCCCCCGUGGUCGGCUCACUGCUACCAUUGGUCCACAAGCUGACAGGCCAGACAGCAUCAGUUGCCUCCAGCGUAGGUCAGAAACCCACGGCAACACCAAUCAGAGUGUCCACGGCACCCACUGUUAAGACCCCAAUCCCUUCAAUAAUUAAGACUCCACCCACUACUGUGGCUAAAACUGUUAGCUUUCCAUUAAUUAAAACACCUGCUAACGGCACGAUGGCUGCUGCCCGUAAAAGUCCCAUUAAACCACCUGUCACAGUCACGGCAGUCCCAGUACAGACCGCUGCGCCUGCUGCACAAUGUGUCACGGUGGCCACGCCCUCUACAGCCCCUCCCACUAAGGACAGAAGUGAGCAAAAAGAGAAGGAGAAGAAGGCAAAGAAGAGGGAGAAAAAAGCAAUGAAGGUCCAAACCCGGUCCGGGCGGGUCUCCAGACCACCGAAGUACAAAGCCAAAGACUACAAGUUCAUAAAGACAGAGGACCUCGCCGAAAGUCACCAGUCCGACUCAGACGACUACUCUGACAUGAGCGUGGAGGAGGAGGACGGCGGGGGCAGCAGGAAGGAUGGCGCCACACCCGGCAGCUCCCUCACCUACAGCCACAAGUCUCGGUCCCACCGCUGCCAGACCUGCGACAAGGCCUACAUUGGUGCUGGCGGCCUGAACCGCCACUACAAACUGAACCCGACCCACGGGGAGCCAGAGCCACCCGGCGACCCACCGGGGAACACACCGCACCCCCUUCCAGACAACAGCCAAUCAGAGGAAACGGCAACAGUUGGCGUCAAUGAGGAGGAGGAGAAAAAUAAGGAUGACAAACCUGCUGCCACGGCAACAAAUAAAGUGGAGGGGGGUCCAGCAGCAGCUGUAGGACUCAGAGGCCUCCAUCAUCGGGGCCCCGGCCGUCCCCGAGGACGAGGGCGAGGCAGGGGUCGGGGACGAGGGCGGGGACGGUCACUGGGGCCGCCUCCUAAGGUGACUGUGGGCCUCGUGAGUAGGAGAGGUCGCCGUGGUCGACCUCCGAAGUUGGGUGUUACCAUGGUAACAGCAGAGCAGCAGGUAGAGAGAAGACGAGAGCGUCUAGAGGAGGUGGUGGAGCAGUGCGAGGAUGAGGAGCUGAUGGACAUCGUUCUUCCUCGUCUGACCAAAGUGAUGAGUCUGUGGGAGCUAAUGCUGGCAAAGGUGGAGCGCGGCGGUCCGGGUCGAACUCAUUUCCCAGACAUUUACCGUGAGUUCGAGUCCCUGCAGGCUCAGGUGAGGCAGGCCGCCCAGGAUUACAUCAGCAGCCCACAGGGUGGAGCCACGCCCCUGGAAAUCAGGAACAUCGAGGUGGCCAGGUCUCUAGGGAUCCUGGACGAGGUGAACAGGAUGAAGGUGGUUCCUGGAGCGUCUCCUGGCUCCAGUUCAACAAAUAAGAACGUGCGAUACAUGGAGAACUCUAAGAUGCUGCCGCCAUCCAAGAGGUUCAAGAUGGAGAACAGCGUCCCCGUGCAUCACAAUGGCCUCGAGACGCCAAAAACAGGUGGGACCGCGGUGACCUCUGUGACCCCUCUGAAGUCCUGCUCGGUCUCUGUCGCUCCUCUCGUGAUUCCAGAGGGAACCAGACUGUUGACAGUCUCUGCUGACUCCUCCAGCUCCUCACAGGCCCCGCCCCCUGACACCCCUAUGGAAGUGACCCCAAGUGAGGACCAUGACGUCCACCAGGAACAGGCGUCAAGCUCUACAGACAUCGGACCCCGGGUGACGGAGCUGGAGAAAGCUCUGGGUUCAAGUCCCAGUGACCCCACGGACACAAAGUCAUCUGAGCCCGCCCCUACACCCGGAUCUGUCAUCAAGCCUGAAUCCAGCCUGAUCCAGACUCUAAGCCCCUCCAACCCUGAGUUGGGCCCCUCGGAGGCCAAAGAGGUGCAGGAGGGCGAGGAGAUCUACAUCCAGACGGAGGGGCUGACGGUGCAGCUGGCAGAACCGGGCUCAGACGGGAUUGUGAUCGUUAACGGGCCAGAUGGAACCACCAUGCACAUUCAGACCCCGGAGGGCGUGCCGCUGGAGGCGGUCCAGGCCCUGCUGGGCAUUGAGGCGUCCGACGGAGCCAAAGCCCCCCAGUAAACACCUGGACCGGAACCAGCACCUGGUCUAUACCACGCUGACUUUUAAGGUGGAGUGAGGCAGUGCUGCAGACAGACGUACCUGACACCAUCCUGCACUUUCGGCGCCCCCCUCAGGUUUCUGCUGGACUUUACAGCUGUAGUAAACACUGCCGCCUGCAGGGGGCGCCUGCUCUGACUCCGCCCUGCUGAGGACAACAGGACGAACAAUUCCGUUAACCUGACCCCAGACCGUACCUGGAAACUUAGGUCCGGCCAUUUCUGGUUCAGACUGAAGCUCCUGUUGAUGAUGUUCGCCAUGACUUCAGAAACCAGAGGGAUGGCGUCAUGGCGACAGGUGGUUUCCCCUUCAUCCAGGUGCAGUAGCGUGUUCUGCAGACUCUGGGCUCUGUACAGUGCAUCUGAUUGGCUCGUUUAGUGCCACCUGCGAUGAUGUCAUCAGCAGCCUCCCUGGUUUCCUGCACUCUGAUUGGCUGUGAAUGUGUAAACUUUGUGUCUGGACUCGUUGACCGUGAAGUGAUCCGUUGGAUGUUCAUAUGUAGAUAAAGUUUAAAAAGUUGCACUAUUUUAUUACUUUUUAUAAAAUUCACACAACACGUUCUCCAAACGGGAUGAGAACAUUCGGAGAACCGACGCAAGAACAGAGGGGAAAAACGUUGUCCUGUUCGAGUGUUUCCUGUUCCUCCCAAUAAACUAAGCUGAACUCCA